AUGCGUGACCUAGCCCAUGACCAUGUGGUCAGGUUUGUCGGAGUGUGCUUCAAGUCUCCUCGUGUCUUCAUCCUGACAGAGUACUGUCUCAGAGGCAGUCUUCAGGACACAUUGGAGAAUGAGGAGAUCCACUUGGACAUAGAGUUCCAAUGUUCCCUCAUGCACGACAUUGUCAAGGGUAUGGGGUAUCUGCAGUCCAGUGAGGUUCAUUACCAUGGAAACCUCAAGUCAUCAAACUGUGUUGUUGACAGCCGCUUCGUGGUGAAGCUGACAGACUUCGGACUUCCCACUUUCCGAGCACCACUCAAUAAACCUCCACAGGGAGAGAGCUGCUACAGAAAGAAACUGUGGACAGCACCAGAGAUGUUACGUGAGCUAAAGUGUGAUGAGCUGACCCUCCACGCUAUUCACAAAGCCGACGUCUACAGCUUCGGUAUCAUCAUGCAGGAAAUCGUGCAGCGUCAGGGGCCUUUCUACAUGGCUGAUGAUCCAAACGCAAGCGCUCAAGACAUUGUUGAGAAAGUCAAGUUGGGAUCUCAAACCAAUGGCAGGUACUAUCGGCCGGACGUUCCUGUCAUAGAUGACAGCCGGUACGGUAAGGCCCUGCAGACUCUCAUGCAGCAGUGCUGGGAGGAGGACCCAAACCUCAGGCCUGAGUUUGGGUCAAUACGCACACAGAUGAGACAAAUUGACAGGGGUCGUAACCUUAUGGACACCCUGCUGUCGCGGUUGGAACAGUACGCCAGUAACCUGGAGGAGAUGGUUCAGGAGCGGACGGAGGAGCUGGCUGUGGAGAAGAAGAAAUCGGACGAGCUUCUCUACCAGAUGCUGCCUGAGGCAGUGGCUGAGGAUCUGAGACAGGGCCGAUCUAUUGAGGCAGAGACAUACGACAGGGUCACCAUAUACUUCAGUGACAUUGUGGGGUUUACUGGCCUGGUGGAGUCCAUGAAACCUGUUGAGGUUGUGGAUCUGCUGAAUGAUCUGUACACACUGUGGGACAAGAUCAUCAGUAGAUAUGAUGUUUACAAGGUUGAAACCAUAGGAGAUGCGUACAUGCUGGUAUCAGGCCUGCCUAAGAGAAACGGCAACGAGCAUGCUCGACAGAUAGCAGGGGUGUCGCUGGCCUUAAGACAAGCCGUUCAAGACACCAUGAAGAUCAGGAACAGACCAGAGCAAAAACUUCAGAUUCGGAUUGGACUACACAGUGGUGCAUGUGCAGCUGGAGUUGUGGGACUGAAGAUGCCUCGGUACUGUCUGUUUGGAGACACUGUCAACAUUGCCUCUCGGAUGGAAUCAAAUGGAGAGGCCAUGAAGAUUCACGUAUCACCUGAGACCAAACGGGACCUGGAGUAUUUCUCCAGCUUCAUCUUACAGGAGAGAGGAGAAAUCAUUGUCAAGGGUCGUGAGCUACCCAUGACCACCUACUGGCUGCUAGGAGAGUUGCAGGCACCUGAGACAGUGGUGUGAGGAGGGAUGUUGCUGUAACCAAUAUAUAACCAGUUGUAUACAAGUUGUAGUACUGUUUACUGUAUAGAUAUAUAUUACACAUUGACUGUCACUACUGAAAGAUAUCUAAAAUGCCUGAUUCUAAGCUUUCUCUAGUUCUUUAGCCUUAUCCAGUUGUUUGGUCUAUUCUGUAUAUUGUUGUACUACAAAUGUAUGUAGCUAAGGGGACUGAAGGAAGUACAUUGUGCUACCCGGAUGUCUAAACUUCAUGAAUGUUAAUGCAGUUUUAGACUUCUUAUAAUGUUAUUAUGGUGGUAAAAUAUUGGAUGCGUGUUGAGAGAAGUAUUAUAACUGUGCUUGUAAGAAAAUAUUAAGAUUUUAAAACUCAGAUACAUAGUAAUGAAACAACUGUAUAUACAAAGUGAUUAAUCAAUUAAUCUAAUCAUUAUAAAUAUGAAUAUUUAACUACUAUACAUGAUUACACCAGAGAGUUGAGUUGUCUUGGCCCAACAUAUUGUGUUACAACUUGGUAUAAAUUUGUCUUCGUUAUGACGGGGAUGCUUUGAGCAAUCCUACGUUUACUUCCUUUAAACACAUAUCAAUGUGUCAUUUAUUGUUAGGGCACACCAAUUUAAUUUGUUGGUUCUCGGAUUUUUUUGGAAAAAUAUGAAGCAACAGGGCGAAAAAAUGAAUAUAACAACAGGUCUAGGCAUCCUAUUAUAGCCCCAAAUGCUUC